UCGGAGCUGGUGCAAAUCCUCAAUGAGCUGUUCGCCAGGUUCGACCGACUCGCCGAGGAAUACCAUCAACUGAGGAUCAAGAUCCUCGGGGACUGCUACUAUUGCAUCAGUGGAGCGCCUGAGGAAAGAGAGGAUCAUGCAAUUCUCUCUGUCCACAUGGGAUUAUCAAUGGUGGAGGCCAUAAAGUAUGUCAGAGAAAAAACAGGUUCACCAGUGGACAUGAGAGUAGGGAUUCAUACUGGAGCAGUUUUGGCAGGGGUUCUGGGCCAGCGCCAAUGGCAUUAUGAUGUUUACUCCAAGGAUGUUAUCCUGGCCAACCAGAUGGAAAGCAGUGGGAUGCCUGGGAGGGUCCAUGUAUCAAAUGUGACCCAUGAUUGCCUCAAUGGCGCCUUUGAGGUGGAAAAGGCGAAUGGAGAGAAAAGAGAAGAGGCUCUGAGGCAAGCAGGACUAACAACUUAUUUCAUAAUCAAAGUCAUCAAACCACUGAAACAAGGCGGUCAAGAGGAAACCAAUGGAGACAUUUCGCAGCUUCUAGACCCUGAGGUCUCGGAUAAUAAUGUCUUGUCCAGGGAGAACUCCUUGAAUGAUCCAAUGUCAAGCAAUCCUCCCGAAAAAGCUCAAACGAAUCGAGAAAGACAAUCACACUCGCAUCGAAAGCGAUUGUUUGCUGAUUUAGUUGACCGAGAAGGUCAAAGGGACGCUUUAAAGGAUUAUGUUCCAAGGUUGGUAGGACUGGGGUUCAAGCGAGGCUCGUUUGAAAACCAGUUUGCGCAACAGAGAUCUGAACCAGAACCUGCUCUGGUUGUCACUGCCCUGGGCCCAGUUUUGGCUUUUGUAGGGGCCAGUGUUGCGCAAAUCCCUGCUGUAGUGUACAAAUUUUGGAGCUUUUUAAAGAAGCGCCCCAUUGCCAAGGCGUUUUUGUACUUCGCUGUGCUGCUUUUCAUGAGUGCUUUGACUCUUGGGGACAUGGUGCUGUCGUGUUUCAAAAGGAUGCCAGAAGUGGACGAUUCGUUGCUGGCAAGAAAUUGUUCCCCACCAAGCAGGGAAGAAGUUUAUUUUCCUGUGGGAGACAACUGGUCACCAGCAGGACCCACGUCGGAAACCCGUGAUGACCAGCAAUCGUGUCAACACCCGGGUUUCUUCACGGACUCGGGCGUCCUUGUGUUCAUUGGCAUCGUGGCAGUCGUUGACCUGGGAUACGACUUGAUGCAAUUCAGCUCAUUCAGCGAGGGAUUCAGUGCUUACGUCAAGGAACCAUGGAAACUAACAGAAGAAUUGCAGAGUUCCUUGGCUGCUAUAGAAGCUGGGUUGAUGCUGAUACUUCUUGCCAGACAGUGGGAAAAGACAGGCAGGGUAUUGUUUGUCUGGGCACUGGGUUUGACUGAGCAGCGUGAGAGGGCUUCAGCCAUCAGAAGGCACAACCAGGUCCUAGUGUACAACAUCCUUCCACCCCAUGUGGCGUCCCACUUUAUGCAAAGAGGCCGGAUCCGCCACUCCCAGCUUUACUCGCAGUCUUACGCCAGGGUAGGAGUGAUGUUUGCUUCCAUGCCUAAUUUCUCAGAAGAGUCGGUGAAUAAUCAAGGAUUGGAGUGUCUGCGCUUCCUCAACGAGGUCAUUUCCGACUUCGAUGCGCUUUUGGAGCACACUGAGUUCAAAGAGAUAAGCAAAAUCAAAACUAUCGGUUCAACUUACAUGGCUGCAAGUGGGUUGGCUCCUGCUGUGCUCUACAGACAUCGCAGCAAGACAAGAAAGAGCACUGCUUCACCCUUGUCAGCAACCACAGAAGAUAGACAGAAGCCAAGGGAGAAGAAAAGCAGAAGAGAAGCAUUGAGGACCAAAUGGGCUCAUUUGGCUCUUUUGGUGGAAUUUGCAUUUAAAAUGCGGGAAGCGUUAAAGGCCAUUAAUGAGCAGUCCUUCAACAAUUUCAUCCUCAAAAUGGGAAUCAAUCAUGGGCCAAUUACAGCUGGGGUUAUUGGAGCUAGAAAGCCUCAUUAUGACAUUUGGGGCAACACCGUGAAUGUUGCCAGCAGAAUGGAGAGCACUGGAAGAGCAGGCUUCAUUCAGGUGACAGAAGAGACAAAAAGGAUCCUAGCGAAUUUCGGCUACGUCUUCGAAACCCGAGGCCUCGUUUCUGUCAAGGGCAAAGGUCAACUGAUGACCUAUUAUUUAGUCGGAAAAGGAGAUCUUCCUAAUGACGAUGACGACGACGGUGACGACCUGGCUGACCUAGAUGACGACGACGACGAUGAUGACGAUGACCAACGCACGACAGCCCCUCAUUCUCCAAUGCCAAUUUCCGUCGCGUCAGACCGGAAACUUUCUGCCAUUCCGACAGAAACUUGAAAAUCAGGUCGUCGUUUCAAAUCAAAUAAUAAUAAAAAAAAUGGAGAGGGAAGCAUUUUGAAUCCCGUGACUGAUGUUCUUUGAUGUUGUUUCCUUCCCUGACACAUUUAUUUUGAAUUAAGCCGACAUUUGGCAUGUGAUAUUCUGUCCUUCUUUGGAGACCUUCUUUCAAAAUGUUACAGUUCUGUUUUAAUUUUUUUUUUACUUUCCGAUCAUGUGACAGGUGAAAUCAGACGAGCGGCUUUCAUUCGAAAUUUCAAAUUUUCAAUCAUUGGUGAAAUGGGUGAGGUGUUUCGAAAAAAUUGCGUUUUAAGCCACUUCUUGAAUGGUUUCUCUAUAUUCGCUUUUGAGGAAUAAUAUUCUUUUAAAAUACGUUUUCAAAAUACACUUUUGGUCGUCUUCCUGUUUCACAUGAUCAGAAAGUUGAAUUUUGAAACAAACGCUUGAUAUUGGCUUUCUUUUGCCGGAAGUCUCAGAAAAAUUCAUCAAAAUGAAGAGAAAAAAACUUGGGAAAUAUUUCAUCAGUGAACCAAUCAGCAAACUCGAAAUCGACAUAAAUUAACAAAAGCCCUCGACAAUCUUCCGACAAACAUUCCGAGAAUAUCAGGCACAUAUUUUGAAAAUUUUUAAAAAAGUUACCUACGACAUUCGUGUGAGAUUUUUUCUUGGCAAACCAGAUCAAACCCAGCUGAAGGAAAUCUCGAUCUCCUCUGUGGUCAUGUACAAAAAAAAACCAGAAAACGGGGUAAUAUUCCCGAAUUUACCCAGAGAAGAAGAAACAAAUCAACAAUUCGAUGUGUUCCCGGUUUUUCUGUAUUUUGUUCACCAAAAAAUCCCCUUCGACAGACAAUCUGGUGAGAACUGAAACCGGAAACAAAAAGAAAAACAUAUGUCAAUCCGAUUUGAAAAAAAAAAAAGAGAUGGAGUCGAUUGUUUUCCUGGUUGAUUUCAAUUUUGCUUUUCGUGGUGCUUCAGCGAGUGUAUUUAGAAAGAAAAAAUUGUUAGGGAUCAGGUAUUCAAAAAAGUAUUAAUAAACAGUUACCGAAUGCGUACUGGAAUCCAUGCUUUGUAGCGAUGUUUGAAUACCACGAAUGAAUUGUUGUGAAUGUUGCAGUAAAAUGACGAAAUCCGCUGCUUCGUUUUCAUUUCUGGCGUUUAGUUCGUAGAUGUCGCUCCUGCUCGGAAAAAUAAUCGGUUGGGUG